UUUGUGUGUCGUGCUGAGUGUGAAUGAAAUGAAAAGUUAGUUGUAGCCUUACUUCUGAUUUGAUUUUCAUCUCCCUUUUGCUUUACCAAACCAGGCAAUGGUUUUGCUGCUGUGAGAUCUCUUGUUCUUGUGAGUAGAUCCACCGUGUGAGGUCGAGAACAGAACAAAGAUGGGAGUUCCUGCUUUUUUUCGCUGGCUCUCACGCAAGUAUGCGUCAAUUGUGGUGCAUUGUCGGGAGGAGAAAGCCAGAGAGGUGAACGGUGUAAAGAUCCCUGUCGAUACCACUGCUCCUAAUCCCAAUGACACCGAGUUUGAUAACUUGUACCUGGAUAUGAAUGGCAUCAUCCAUCCAUGCUGUCAUCCUGAGGAUCGACCAGCGCCGAAAAAUGAGGAUGAAAUGUUUGAGCUGAUCUUUGAAUACAUUGACCGGAUCUUCGCCAUUGUGAGGCCCAGGAAGGUGCUGUACAUGGCUAUUGACGGCGUGGCACCACGUGCAAAGAUGAACCAGCAGCGCUCUAGGCGUUUCCGCGCCUCCAAGGAGUCUGUGGACAAGGUCAAUGAUAUUGAACGCAUCCGGCGAGAGCUUCAGGACAAGGGUUGUCACCUGCCCCCACCCAAAGAGAAGAAAGAGCACUUUGAUUCGAACUGUAUUACGCCUGGCACCGAGUUCAUGGCCAACCUAGCUGUUGCCCUGCGCUACUAUGUGGCUCACCGGCUGAAUAAUGAUCCGGGAUGGAAGAAUGUCAAAGUGAUUUUGUCCGAUGCGAACAGCCCCGGUGAGGGAGAGCACAAGAUCAUGGAUUAUAUUCGUCAUCAGCGAUCGCAACCCGACCACGACCCCAACACACAUCACUGCUUGUACGGCGCUGAUGCUGACUUGAUCAUGCUGGGGCUAGCAACUCACGAGCCCCAGUUCACUAUUCUGAGAGAAGAAUUCAAGCCCGGCCAGGUGGUGAGGACGUGCGACAUCUGCGGGCAACCUGGCCAUGAGAUGGCGGAGUGUGAAGGACUGCCCAAGGAGAAAAUCAACACCGACGGCUUUGAUCCAAUGCCGGUUGCCGAAAAGGAGUUCAUCUUCAUCCGCCUGUGCGUUCUGCGCGAGUACUUGGAGAAAACCCUUCGUUUAGACGGUUUGACAUUCCCGUUUGACUUUGAACGUGCACUGGACGACUGGGUGUUCCUUUGCUUCUUCGUCGGCAACGACUUCUUGCCUCACCUUCCAUCACUGGAGAUCCGUGAAGGUGCUAUUGACCGGCUGGUGGGUAUCUACAAGGAUGUAGUUCCCCGGUGCGGUGACUACCUCACUAAGGCCGGUCAUGUCAAUCUGCGCCAGGUGCAAAUGUUGAUGAAGGCGCUGGGAGAGAUGGAAGAUUCCAUUUUCAAGAAGCGUCAGGAAGACGACAAGGAGUUUCGGCGGCGCGCCCGUGACCGUAAGCGCCAGGAGAAGCUUCGCCGUGCUGGCCGCGAAGUAGCGCCGGUGUUCAUUCACGGAGGAUCACUAGCUCCAACGCCUAUCGGUCAGACGCCAACGCCAGUGCACGGUGCAAAGCAAGUGGCGGCUGAUGCACGCAUGCAGCGCUUGCCCACCACACCCUCAGGACCCGCCAGCGAGGCAACAACACCAAGCAGCAACACAGCGGCCGCCGCCGACAUCCGCUCGCAACUGCGUGCAAUCAGGAACCAGUCUGGCGAAUCGCCGUCUUCUCAGGCAACUACGCCUGGCGGUGUGUCUGUUCCCGGUGAUUCACCAAGCUCAGGCGGCGUCAAGCGCAAGCAUAAUCAAGUUGACGAGGACGAGGAUGAUGCGCCACCGGACAAUGUCCGCCUGUGGGAAGAAGGGUGGCGUGCCAGGUACUAUGAGCACAAGUUUGGCAUAGACGCACUGGAGGAUGUCGUGGAGUACAACCGCUUCAGACGCGAAGUCGCCAAUGCCUACGUUCAAGGUUUGUGCUGGGUGCUGGCUUACUACUACCAAGGAUGUCCCAGCUGGAAGUGGUACUAUCCAUUUCACUACGCCCCGUUUGCGUCCGACUUCCCCGACAUCACGGAGCUGGACGUUGCCUUUGAGGCCAAUACCCAGCCCUUCAAUCCGCUUGAGCAGUUGAUGGGCGUCUUCCCAGCAGCCAGUGGCAAGUUUCUGCCUGAGUCAUGGCGCACGUUGAUGUCUUCUGACGAGUCGCCCAUUAUUGACUUCUACCCGACAGAUUUCAAAAUCGAUCUGAACGGCAAGAAGUUUGCCUGGAUGGGCGUAGCACUGCUUCCGUUUGUGGAUGAGAAACGACUGCUGGGCGCUUUGGCCGGGGUCUAUGAUGACCUGUCUCCGGAGGAGAAGUUCCGCAACAGCCGUGGUAGUGACCGUCUCUGCUUCCACCGCAGCAACUCAGCGUUUGACUUUGUCAACACGGCUGUGAACGAGUGCACAGAUGGAGAGGAGGAGGCGAAGCCGGUUGCCUUGAAUGCAAAGCAAGCCCAGGGCAUGGGCGGACUGGUUUGGAAGUGCAAGGAUGACGUGACCAUUGGUGGAGUUGUUGAGGCUCGCCCGUCUACCCUGGAGUCGGUCGACAACAACCAGUCCAUAUGCGUUCACUUCAUCGACCCACCAGUAAGCGAAGGUUACACCUUUCCUGCGUGCAUGCUAAAGAAUGCGCAACUUCCCGGGAAGGUGUUGAAACCAGAAGAUCAUGACGUGGCGCAGCAGGGUGGCCGACGGGGUGGUCGUGGGGGAUAUCGUCCGCAAAUGGGAUUCACUCCGCGCAACAACCAGGCACACCGCGACGCGUCCACCGCCAACCGCUUCAUCAGAAACUCGAUGCAGGGCGGAACAGAAUCGCACGACGGCCGACGCUUCACGCCCACACACUACAACCAGCGCGGCGGUUUCGGCCGUGGUGGUGGUGGCUACGGCCGCGGUGGCAGUGUCAGCGUGCCCAACUCUCCCCAGUACUGGGGCCACCAUCAGCAGCAGCAGCAACCGUAUGAUCAGCGACACCACCAAUACGACCAGCGGCAACAUCAUGAUCCGCGACAGCAGCAGCAUCAUCAUCACCAGCAGCAGCAGUACGGUCAGCAUGGUGGCAAUAAUCGGCAUAGCUAUGGUGGUAAUAGCGGCGGUGGCGGUGCCGGAGUUGCUGGUUACAGCCCAUGGGCACAUCACACGCCUAGAGGCGGCGGCGGUCGCGGCGGCGGUGGCGGUGACUAUGGCAACGCCGGCAGCUAUAGCGCCGGACGUGGUGGCUAUCGGGGCGGUAACCGAGGCGGCGGCUCCCCGUACCAGCAAUCUCCACAGUCUCAAGGACAAUAUGGUGGCUAUCAGAACCAACGGUACCAGCAGCAGCAGCAGUCACCCUACAACCAGUACAAGUAAUGCUGCGGUCGCAGGCGGACUGCACGCCUCUCGGCUCGUCGUGUUUCCGGCUCCAGAAUGCCGGUACAAGUGAGCCUUAUUCGUUCUCUGUUUGUUCCCACAUUUAGUGUUUAACAUUUUCAUUUUUAGUGAUGUUUGAACUUUAACAUUUACUUUGUUGGUUUUUGAAAUGUUUCUACUGCUUCAAAUUGCUUCUUCGCUAUGUUUGGGUGAGCACCUUUCUUGCCUCUAACCCACCUUGAAGGGCAGCAGUUUACCUUCAAACAUUAGUGACUAAGUCAAUGCAGUUGUCACGAACGAUUUGUGACCACAGCAAGGAUGGCCGGCUCUUUUGAGUGAGUAAAGUAACUAUGAUGGUGUGCUUUGCUGAGGCGCGCACACUCACACACACACACACACACACACACACACACACACACACACACACACACACACACACACACACACACACACACACACACACACAAACAUACACAAACAUACAUACAUACAUACAGAGUACUAUUUGUGAAGUAGUCUGGAACCGUACUGUCUUGUCACCGCUGGUACGCGGGCUGUCGCUAGACAUACACAUUGUACAGGCGUGUCUCAGCGUUCUGUCACUUCUGUGCGCUUUAUUUAGCGUACGUGUAUUAUACUGUAUAUACUAUGUGAGCAACAUUCUGUGUAUGUUCCAUCAUGUCUUGUAUUUAUGUUCCUACUGUACAUGUACAUGUACCCAUGUACAAUACAUUGUGAACCGGUCCAAUAGAAAACUGUUCAUGUCCCAGGA